UAAAAUCUCACGAGACAUGGCUUCCUCUUCCAUCCUCACCUUCUACUCCCUCCUCUUCAUCUCUUUCAUCUCCACACACGCAGCCAAUUUCGAGAUCCUCAACAACUGUCCUUACACUGUCUGGGCGGCCGCUAGUCCCGGCGGUGGUCGCCGCCUUGACCAUGGCCAGAUAUGGAACCUCGGGGUGAAUCCCGGAACUGCCAUGGCUCGCAUCUGGGGCCGCACUGGUUGCAACUUUGACUCUAGCGGCCGCGGCCGCUGCCAGACAGGUGAUUGCACCGGCGGCCUCCAAUGCACCGGCUGGGGCGUCCCUCCGAACACACUGGCCGAAUUCGCCUUAAACCAAUUCGCCAACCAAGAUUUCUACGACAUCUCCUUAGUGGAUGGCUUCAAUAUCCCCAUGGAUUUCUACCCUCUGAACGGAGGUUGCCACAAGAUCAGCUGUACGGCAGACAUUAAUGGACAAUGUCCUGGAGAAUUAAAGGCACCAGGAGGAUGUAACAAUCCUUGCACAGUGUUUAAGACAAAUGAAUAUUGCUGUACUAAUGGACCAGGUAGCUGUGGACCGACGAGAUAUUCGAGGUUCUUCAAAGAUAGAUGUCAGGAUGCUUAUAGUUAUCCUCAGGAUGAUCCUACAAGCACUUUCACUUGCCCUGCUGGUUCCAAUUACAGAGUUGUUUUCUGUCCAUUAGGUUCUUCUUCUGAUGUUCAUCUUGAGAUGCUUGGAAGCUCCAACAUUGAAUAUUAACGAACAGCGAGUCAAAUAUGUGUGAAUCCAUGUGUGCUUUGAAAAUAUCAGGGGUUUUCUUUACUGAAAACUUUGCUUUUGAGAAGGAUUCAUAUGUAAGAAUAAUGAGCUUUGGAGUUUCCAGUUUAGUUUGUGCUGUGUUUUUAUGUGGGCCUAUGUAAUGGAGCGUUGAAGGGUAUAAAUAAAUGAAGGCUAUGGUUUUAUGGAUCAAA